CUGGAAGACUUCUUGGAAAGACUGAUUUCUCUUAUUACGAUCGAGAUAAGGGAACACUUUUACGACUGGUUGAAGAUCCAAAAUUACAAAGUGAGUUUUUCUGCCAUUGGGCUGAUUUUAAGGUUAAAAUGAAGAGAAGUGAAGGACAAGAUUUAUCGGAACCUUUGGCAGGACCUUCCUGCACUGGAUAUUUGGGUGAUGAGGAGUCAUUGUCUAGUAAAUCUUCUGGUUCCGAAAGCUCUUUUUCUGAAGACAAUUCUUCAACGACUUUGAGUAAAGAUUCAGAUGAAAACCCCACGUCAGAGGAGUGUUGUGGCCCUGAGGGUGUCGCGGAAUAUGAAGGAAAAAACGAAGCAGAAGAGGAAUCUUUGAUGAAAACUUGCACGGAUCUUGUUGGUGAAGACCUUAUUAGGCUCGAACCAAAGCCCAAAGUCAACGAGCAGGAGAGAGGAGGAAGUAGCAGCGAAGAAGACUUUUUGCCAGGUGAACAUGAGCGAGAUGUUGGUAACUUAUGUAGCACUGCACGAGAGUCGCGAAGGCAGAAUAUUCAGCAACAAAAUCCCGGUUGUAAUUUUAACUUUGAUCAGAAUUCAAUUGCUGAGAAGACCAGACGUGCUAAAGAGAGAAGCAAUGAGGAGGAAACAGGCGAUUUGAAUGGAGCUCCCUUAUGGCAGAAACAGAAUGGAACAACCAUUUAACGACAUUAACAGUUAGCAACCCAUUGAUGAAAAAACAGUCAACAGCAAAGACGAAUACCUGUGCGGAGAGGGUUUGGCGAAGAUUAGUUACAAGAAUUUAGUAUUAGAUUAAGACAACUUCCACUCGUUUAGUUUGAUUAUUCUCAUAACCAGUUUAUUGGAUUUUAUGAUGUGGAAAACAUCUGAAAAUCAGGUUUUAUGUAAAAAAACGAAAUUCCUCGCUUGCUUGUGUAACGAUAGGAUUUUUAGUUAUCAAGUUUGUAUGCUAGCGCUUAAAAAAAUAUAUAAAAUCCAACGUAGAAACUGCAAGAUUUUACUAAGUUCAGCAUGCGUAGAUGAUACCGGUCUUAAUACAGUCAGCCUUAAACAGUUGGUAUUAAAUCAUGUCUGUAACUAGUGUUAAACUGUAACCGUCACCAGUCAUGAUCCUUCGUGUAGUUGUUAUCCAGCUGAGCUUUUUGAAAGUAAUUAAUCUUGUGAAAGGGGAAAUUCCUUCUUAACCAAUCGUUGUAUUAGAUUACGUGAUCCUUUAGAUAAUUCAUAGCAUUACCUAAUCUUUUGUACCUUAGGCUUAAAUAGAGCUUUCUCUGGGAGUAUCACGGGACAGUAAAAUAGUAAAAAAGGAAACCAGUCAGCUUUGU